AUGGAUGAUUGGAUCGAUGAUGAUGAAGACGACGAUGACUUGAUCAAUGCUUUAUCCAGAAAACCACCCAGAGAUGCGAGUAUCGCCAACACGCAGGUCCCUGCAGAUGGUUUGAAAGAGACCCAGCGCGAUGCAGAAGCUCAAUUGCUCAAAGCUCAAGGUGAAGCUAGCAUGCUACGAGAUCGCCUCAAGAUACUUGAGGCUGAAAAGGAACGAGAGCGUAAGGCCCAAUUUCAAAAAGCGAAGGAUCAAGAAUUGCAACACCAGCAGGAACUCGAAAGGCUAAGGGCAGAAUUACAGCGAGCAGAGGACGAAAAGAAGUUUCUCACGUUCAGUGGCAAAUCGCACUUGAAGAACGGCGCAACUGCUAAAUCUUCUGGCCCCACGGACAAUGUUCUUGAGGAAAGCAGCAGCUUUUCUAGGGUAAAGAAACAAAAGAUCCACGAAAAAGAGCCCGUAUUGGUGACUAUGAGAGCCAACCGAGUUAUAUCGGACGACGUUGCUCUUUUCGUACAAUCGAUUAUGUCCCACCUGUUACUGGGUUCCGACAUGACCACAAUGGAGAUACUGAACCACAUACGACUGUCGGAAGCGCGGGCCUUUAAAUUCAGAAAUUUCGAAAUAAGCGAAUCUGAGACCAUUGGCAAAGGAUUAUUAGAUCUACUUAUGACACAAAAGAGGAUGGCGCUCAAAUUAGACCAAUUUAUCGAGCAGCUCCUGGAAAGUUUGGCGAUGCUUAUCAAGCACCUGUCGGAGGAAAAAACGGAGUACAAGACAGCCAUACCGUUCUUGGUUGCACUGAUGCAUUAUUCCAUAACUUUCCGCCCCAGUGCAGUGCAUACGAUGGCUUUGAAAGACUUAUUUCAUUUCAUGGUAGACUUGAUCCGCACGAAUAUAAGUGUGUUAAAGAAGCCGCUAAUAAAAUCGUCGUUGGAUUUGGAUGUCUCGCCUAAUAUUUUCCAGUACGAGUUCAUCCGAACUCUUACAGUCUUAUACGCUUUUGACACGCUGGAAGACAGCUUAAAGACCCUACAGUCACUACCAUUACAGUUUCAACUCACGUUUUUAGAUGAAGCAUUAUUCGAGGCCAUUGAUGACAUUUCUCGAUAUUCGUUGACCAUUUCGUACCAGCCAGUUUUGAACGUCAUUUUCAAUACCACGGAGAUCUUCAAUUGCAUGGCAAACAUAUUUUUGGAAUCCCCCCAGUUGGCGCAGCGUGUUCCAAAUCAUAUGUGGAAUAAUGCGAGAAAUAGGCUUUACCAGGUACUCAAUAAGACUGUUAACAAUGACUUGGAGCCACAACCUGACCCGUCGUCAAUAUUUUUGCCUAAUGAAACAAACAUAUUUGGGUUGAUUCGAAACAUCGGUGAUAAUUACAACAGUAGAUUUAUUUCUCGACUUGUGACAAAAAACCAUCCUACCUCAAUGCCUCAAGUAAUAAUGAAAGAGUUUCCUACUUCAAAAGGGGUCACAGAAAAGUCCAUUGAUGUAGAGUGGUGGGGUCUCAGACUUCGAAUCGGUAUUGUACAAUUGUUCGGUAAACUGGCUUCGAUAUACCCAGAUGUCCCCGUUGAGCGAAAUAUGUUCAAGGUGCUGACGCAAAUAAUGGCUCAAACACAAGAGACUCUGUUAACAGUUCUACUGGGCCGAGAUUGCGAAAACAUACACGACUACUAUGAACUAUUUUCAGAGUUGUUGCGUGUGAUAUUUCAAACGUGGCAGGCAAAAGACCAUGACAUCAGCUUGCUGCGCGAUGUGGAAAGUGAAUUGACCGUGUGCCUGUGGAGGAUAGUUUUCGGAAGUUUGAGCGGGGAAGAGGAGGAGUUUAGUAAAAUUGAGAUGCAGGAACACAAGAGCCUAGUCGAUGGCAUCGACGACUUACGAUUACAAUCGGACUUAGAAUUGUUCGAGGAUGCGUUCGACAAUGAGUUCCCCGAGUUUUUGAACCAGCAGGUCGACACGAUACGGUUCAAUCGCUGCAGGGAGAUAAUGGGGGUAGGGGUAGAUCUGGGAUUGAAGGAAAUGGCUAAAAAAAUGUUGGAAAAUAUAACAUCUAUGGAAGAUGCAGACGCGCUGUAUUCGGCCAUGCGAGGAAGAUAG